UCCGUCAUAGUCGCGUGCAUCUACAUGGCGGCGACGAUCGGCAUCGAGGGCGAGAGCUCCAGCAAGACGGCGAGGCCCAACGCGGUGCUGCGCACCCGCGAGGACGCCAGCUACACGUGCACGAGGAACCCAGCGAGGAUGCUGGACUACGUGGUGUGCUCGGAGUCCUUCCACCG